AGUUACUUCAGUUUGAGAUUGAUUCAAGAUGUACAGUGUUCACAGAAUUCAAGCUGAUAUGACUUUUUUUUCUUUAAUAAUUUGGGUUUUUACGUUUAGUCAGCCUUCUCUUUUGGGUAUCUGGACAUGGGAAGAGAACAAAAUUAAAAGUAUGCAACAAAUCUGAGGCUGCAUUGUGGUAACAUAAACAUGUUAUUUACUUUCAGAAGGUUGUGGACUCAAUGUGCUCGUCACAAAGUCGAUCUGCUCUCUUCAAUAGGCAUUUGAAUUUGUAAUUCUAAUAUGGAUAUCUAGACCAGCUGAAACCCAAGGCACACCUCAAAUCUUCUUUCUUACACCUCUUGCUCCGUGGACUUUGGAAAAUUUACAUUGCCAACAAACAUGCUAAGAGUGCAUAGACUGUCCUGGCCUGGCAGGUCCUAUAUCCAGGUUAGGUUACAAUAGAAUAUUGUAGAAAUUUAUGCUCUCCUAGAGGGAAGUUUCCAACUGUCUUUUAACAUAUUUACAACAAUCUAAAGGUGCAAAUGGUUAAUUUCUCAUUCUCGAAUUAAAUUGGUAAUUUGUGAGGCAGCUAUUACUAGUAUAGUUUUGUUAUCUGAGUUGAUUAAACGUUUCCUACCUGGCAAUUAUUUUAUGAAUUCGUGUUAAUCAGGUAUUAAUAGAAGCAGUUGAGAAUCACAUGCCUCAAGUGAUUGUGAUCGAUGAAAUUAGUACUAAACUGGAAGCAGUGGCUGCAAGCACAAUUGCACAAAGGGGAAUUCAGUUGGUUGCCACUGCACAUGGAGCAACAAUAGAAAAUUUGAUAAUGAAUCCAUCAUUAGAGAUCCUUGUUGGGGGAAUACAGAGUGUCACUCUAGGGGAUGAAGAAGCAAAUCGGAGGGGUGUUCAAAAGUCAGUGCUUGAGAGGAAAGGACCUCCAACAUUUAGUUGUGCAGUAGAGAUCAUUUCGAAGACUGAAUUGCGAGUUCAUCAUUGCCUUGAAGCAACAGUUGAUGCUGUUCUUUUAGGUCUUUUCCCAAAUGUUGAAAUUCUCAAGAUAAGCUCUCAAGGAGUAGAGAAGACUACAAAAGGGGAAGCUUUAACUGUCAUUACCUCUGAUAAGUCAGACGAGACAUUGGUUGGAGAUGUUCCUGAGUUGGACAAAGAAAGCACUGUCCAGGAUGGGUUCCCCUCUAAAUUUCCUUCAACCAUGGAAGUCGACUUGGUAGAUAGAAUGCAACUUCUUUUAUAUACCUAUGGGAUUACAGAGACAACUGUUAUUCAGGGGAUCAAGCAGUUGGAGAUGGACGCUGCUGUUAAAUUAAUCGAUAACAUCAGUGAGGCAGAUGCUUUACUUGCUUUGCAUUCCAAGCUCAAGAAGAAUCCCCGUAUUCAAGCAGCUGCUAAAUCUCAUGGUAUACCCAUCUAUGUGACAAAGACAAGCUCGAUCGUGCAGGUGACAAAGGCAAUACGAACAUUAGUGGAUGACCGUGAAGACAAGCGGAAGGAUUUCGUGUCAGAAGAUAAAGUAAAUUUUUCAGAGAAGAUGGAUGCCCUGGAGGAGGCAAGAGUAGCCAUUGAGCAGGUCGUAAUCCCAAAAGGGGAACCUGUGGAGCUACUUCCCAGACCAUCCCCCAUUAUAACUCUUCAAGUGGACCUUAUUCAAAAAUAUCAAUUACGAUCAGAGACAGUCGGUCAAGAGCCAGAAGACCGUCUGCGCAUCCUUCCUUUCCAGGCUGGGAUUGAUGACUAGUAUGAUGCUAGGGAAAAAGUUAAUGCAGAUAGAAUUGAUUAUUUCUUGAGCACCAACAACUCCAAUGGUACAUUUUGCACAGUGGACCAGUUACCUCUACUGCCUGACUAAUUUUUUGUAAUAUUGUAUAUCAUGCAUUCCUUGAACUUAGACUUACGUUCUUGUAUUAAUUAAUGAAAUAAAUCUUUCAUGGAGAUUUAGUGUUC